CAAUCAAACAGAUCAUCAUUCAUCCAGUUAAACAGUGAAGAGAAAACUCUAUCAUUAGAGAAACCUUCCGGAAGGAAGAUUGAGAGAGAGAGCAGAGUGUGUUUGGUCUCAAGUCAUCAUCAUAGCUUGUAGAUCCGAUUAGAACCAAAAUAAAUAAACGGCCCAACCUCUUCUCUUUGACUCUCUCUUCUGGUAAACCCACCCUGUACUGAAAAUAAAACGAGGAUAGUUUAAUUUUGAGGUUCCACAAGCUUAAUUGUCAAUUUAUUAUCAGAGAUGAAUAUAGGACCGUUUUGAUUUGGGUAUUGCUUAUAUGGUGGAAAGAACACCAACAGAGAACAUCAACAGAUUUCCCAUGAUCCGGAGGGUAUCAGGUUGCAUUUUCUUAAUUGCAGCAUUUUGUUGAAGAUAAAAACGGGAACAAAAUGAGGAUGAGGAACAAAUAUCGGAAACCAACAACUUUACGUUGCAAUGCAGGAAGCAGAUGCUCCUUGUCUGUUGUUGUGUGGAGCUUGGUUGGGUGCCUCCUCAUGCUCCAUUUUUACUCUCUUGUUCGUCACAAAGAUAAAGAGGGUGGAGAGAUCCAAAUGAACAUGAAUCACCACCCACUGCUCCGUGAACUUGAAGAGGUGGAGGAAGAGAAUAUCCAAAUUCCCCCACCUCGGAAACGAUCACCGCGUGCUGUGAAACGGAGGCCUAAGCGGUCAACCACCAUGAUAGAUGAAUUUCUUGAUGAGUCUUCCCAACUUAGGCACACUUUCUUUCCUGAUAAGAAAACUGCUAUAGAUCCGAGGAAGGAUAAUGGGAACGAUAGCUUAUACUAUUAUCCGGGAAGAAUUUGGCUAGAUACUGAUGGAAAUCCUAUUCAAGCUCAUGGAGGUGGUAUUCUUUAUGAUGGGAUAUCUAGGAUGUACUAUUGGUAUGGAGAGUAUAAAGAUGGGCCCACUUAUCAUGCACACAAAAAGGGAGCAGCACGGGUCGACAUAAUUGGUGUUGGUUGCUAUUCUUCCAAGGAUUUGUGGACAUGGAAAAAUGAGGGCAUUGUUCUGGCGGCAGAAGAAACAAAUGAGACCCAUGAUCUACACAAGUCUAAUGUGUUAGAGAGGCCGAAAGUAAUAUACAAUGAGAAUACUGGUAAAUAUGUAAUGUGGAUGCAUAUCGAUGAUGUCAACUACACCAAAGCCUCAGUUGGCAUUGCCGUCAGUGAUUCACCCACUGGUCCUUUUGAUUACCUUUACAGCAGACGUCCCCAUGACUUUGACAGCAGGGACAUGACUAUCUUCAAAGAUGAUGAUGGCGUGGCAUACCUCGUAUACUCCUCCGAAGACAACAGUGAACUUCAUAUAGGGCCGCUCAAUCAAGAUUACCUUGACAUGACGCGCGUGAUGAGAAGGAUUCUAGUGGGACAACACCGGGAAGCCCCGGCUCUGUUCAAGUACCAGGGGACUUAUUAUAUGAUCACAUCAGGCUGUACUGGUUGGGCACCAAAUGAAGCACUUGCCCAUGCAGCUGAAUCAAUUAUGGGGCCGUGGGAGACAAUGGGAAACCCGUGUAUCGGAGGUAAUAAAGUUUCUAGACUUGCUACAUUCUUUGCUCAGAGUACAUUUGUGCUUCCUUUGCCUGGGUUUCCAGGUUAUUUUAUGUUCAUGGCUGACCGGUGGAAUCCAGCUGAUUUAAGGGACUCAAGAUAUGUAUGGUUGCCUUUAGUAGUAGGAGGAGCAGCAGACCAGCCUUUUGAGUACAAUUUUGGGUUCCCAUUGUGGUCAAGGGUGUCAAUAUAUUGGCAUAAAAGAUGGAAACUUCCAUAUAGGUGGAAUGCAAAGAAAUGAUGUAGGGUUUUUGUGUGGCUCUAUUGUAUCAUAUGGCGGCUAUUUGGUUAUUCUUUUACUAGUUCCUGUUGUAACUUCAAAUGAAUAUCAUUCCGUGAUGGUUUAAAGCAGAAUAAAUAGGUGUAGAAUGACUGUCUCAAGCUCUGUAUUGGUUAACCUACAGAUUCUCUUUGACCAGCUCUUGUUAAUAUUAAUUUUUCUGAGAGGCUCAAUGUUUGUGGCAAAGAAAGCCAUGUGUUUUAAA